ACUGAAUUAAAGGUGACCAUUACUGUCGAAGCUCAGGUGAAAGUUACUAACAGAGAAUACAAUAAAUCUCUGGAAGACUUAAGCUCUAAAUAUUCUCAGGAAAUUCAGGCUCAGUUUAAAAAGCAGAUGAAAGAUGUUUAUAGUGCUGUCCCUGGAUACCAUGAUGUGGAGAUCUUAGGAAUGAGGAAUGGCAGUGUUAUUGUGGACCACAAAGUCAUCUUCCAAGCACAAAUAGAGAAUAAUGAGAAAAUGAUCCAGCAGCAGAUGACAAAUAUUACAGAGGGAGUGAGGAAUUCCUUGGCAGAAAUCCAAAGUGAUGAGCAUUGUUCCAGGGAUUCAGGACCAGAACUAUGCUUUGUUCCUUUACCUAACUCGAUUCUUAAUUCAAGUUAUUCAUUCAAUGGCACCUGUAAAAAUAUUACUGAUCCGAAGUAUGCAGAUUACUAUUAUCCCCACAUAAUUGAGGGUACUGUGCACUGUAUCUCAAGAUGUUUCAAAGGCGCUCAAGAUUACAUGAACUGCUUCAAUGGUGUUUGCCAAGUCUCUGAAAUAGGCCCCCACUGCAUUUGCAAUAAUUCCGAUGUGUUCUGGUACCUGGGUAGUUCCUGCCAAAUGCCUGUCCAAAAGGCUGCCCUGGGCCUUGGACUUGCCCUGUCUGUGCUUUUUGUGGUCAGUACCAUCCUGACUGUAUUCCUCAUCAGAAACAAGCAGAAGAAAUCUAAGAAGAGAUGGUUUGAUGAUGCUGAAGUCUGGUAUGGACAAGAAACAGAAGAACAGUGGAUACCAUCUUCGAGCCUGACCAUCAUGAAUAAAUCAGCAGUUUCAUCCUGGAAUGAACAUCAAAAACAAAAUGAAAUCCUCAAACCAUCUUUCAGCUCAGUAGAUACUUCAAUAAAGAAACCAGCAAGAGCAACUAACUACCGAUUUCCUGCUGAGACACUUUCUGCAUCUUUUUCUUCAGUAGCUGAGAUGAAUUAG